ACAGUCACGUGAGCCACGACGCAGGACGUUCUGCCGCGGCGGCAGUGGGGUGCAGCCCGGCGUCUUCGAGCAGACAGAAGCUCCGAGGGGCUCUGCUGGCGCGGACUGACGGCUCUGCAAGUGGGAAACCGCCGGGAUCUGUGAGUAGACGGGACGGAAACACCGCUUUUGCGUGUCUUCUCCUCUCGGAAGGGCUUGAGAAACGCUCCCUCCCCACCCCCACCUCCUACCGCGCAGUGAACGAGGUGUGUGACGCAUUCCCAGACCCUGCAACCAACUCGGCAUCAGCUCCUUCUCAGACUGGGCCCGGGUUAAGGUCCUCCCAAGACAAACUCCACUGGAUCCACGCUCAAGAGGACUCUGCCAGGUCUUCCUGACCCCCUUACAUCUCUGUAAAGUGCCAAGGCCUUAAGACUUGGGUACGUUUACAACAGCAAGAGUACCGGUGCUGACAACAGACCCAUUGGAUCAGUCAGCUCUGCUGUUUCACCAAGCAGACAGAACCUUAUCUACAGUGAGCCAAGUGCCUCAGUGCGAUACCACCAGCCUCGGCUAGAACCCUGUUGUUUCUUGAGAAGCUGGGAUUUGAAGGAGCUAUUCUGAGAUCUGGGCUGCUAGUAAGUGACUGAUAACUUUAUAGACUGGAUUGAUCCCUGAGGUCAGAGACUGCGUUACAAUUGAGUGAAACAUAGACUACAAAAUCUUGAAGCAUUUUAUCAGGGUGCAAGCCAGAUUUAACCCUCUCCAAGUAAAGUUGGUUGAACUGAGAGAUCACUAAACCAAACCUGUAAUAGGACUGGUCACUUGGGUAUCUGUCUUUGUCAUAUUUGCCUCUUGCUGUUACAUUGCUACUUGUGCUGUCUUUGUAGGUCCAGAUGUUCUCAGAUAAUUCGCAUUGCCCUGAUUGCGGACAGCAGUGGUUCCCUAGUCUAGAACUAGGCCACUGGUUGUACCAAACUGAGCUUGUUGAAAAUGAGUGUUACCAAGUGUUCUUAGACCGCAUCAACAGGGCUGAUUAUUGCCCCGAGUGUUACCCUGAUAAUCCUGCUAAUAGAAGCCUUGUUCUUCCGUGGUCUUUCCCCCUUGAGUGGGCUCCACAAAACCUCACCAGGUGGACCUUUGAAAAAGCUUGUCACCCAUUUCUUCUGGGUCCUCCGCUGGUUAGGAAAAGGAUCCAUGACUCCAGAAUUGCUGGUUUUAACCCUGCUUUACAGUUGAUCUUGACCAGAACCGACAAAACUUUAAACAAAAAACUUGGUCAAAGCAAGUAAUUUCUGUGACAGUCAAGAUCAUGGAGACUUUAGAGUCUCCACAAAUAUGGAAAAAUAACUUUUUUAAAUCUGACCCAGGUUCUCAGUACUUUGGGGAACUGCACCAGCUGUUGGAUCUGCUUCCGUGGCCCACAUACAUUUUGUUCAGCAUGAAUUUAGGCAGUAUUCCAGCCAGACUGUUCAUCUAGAACCAGAAUAAUCUAUUUCCUCUAUCAAUGAUAUAUUGGAACUAGCUUGUCCCACCCAAAAAUUUCCACAGCCUAAUCACUGACGUAUGGCAAGAUAGUCUUAGAGAAGAACCUGUACUACGUACUUUAUAAUGGUAUUUCUAGUAAUAACUUUUGUAGGGACACAUCCUCAUUGUAGCUGGAUUCUACAUUGUUCUGAAAAUCUUAGUAAGAAACUACAUUGUUCUAAGUUUUAUCUCUUACAUGUUGAUCAUUGGCUAUAUAUCUAUAAUUUAUUCAUAUAUAAACAUUUAUUCAUCAUUGGCUCUGUUUGGCCCGUCUUUAUUGUGGCUCUGACCAUACUGAUAAUUGGUCACCUUCAGAGAAGUUACAUUGUGUUGGGUAAAACCUCCAUAAGUUACUCAAAACCUUGUAGAAAUGCCACACUAACUAAUGUAGACUAAUGUCUGCACUAACUUGGCUCCACAAAAAUUCUAUCCUGUCUUUGUGGGUGCCUAACUUGCUGUGUCCCCUACCCUGGAAAUGGAAGACUACUGUUACUGAUCAGCUAUGUGACAAAGAGAACUAUCAAACCUGAUUCCUUAAAAAUUAUGAACAGUCUGCGGGAGUCUGCCUUCUUAGAAGUAAGAAAAUCUUGCUGGACGUUGGUGACAUUGGCCUUCACAUGUUCAUGUGAACAUGAACUUGGAACAAUGAGUUGAAGUUAAGCAGUUGAGACAGAGUUGCUGAAAACAUCUCAGAGGCCACUGGACAGUUUUGAAAUCGCAUUUAAGAUGCUGGGUAAUCCAGGGCUUAAGUAGCGGGUCCACAGUGUUGCCGAGGCUUCCCCUCUGGGAUCUUUGUUUGCUUUUUGUCCUCAUGGAUAUUUCCUCAGUGAUGACCAUAUGGCUUGUUGCUGCACCAGGCAUUUCCAAAGGGUGGAAGUAAGGAGCAGAGGCUUUGUCCUUUCAAGUCAUCUUUCAGUUGGGAAUAAAAUCUGUCUCAACAGUCUCUAGCACGUUGCUUCUUCCAUCUCAUCAGAAGGUACUGGUCUGGUUCACAGGGGAGCCUGGGAAAGCUGGCAAAGGGGUGCUGGGGCUUGGCAUUGCCUGGGUGGGGCUCUUCCAGGAGGGAAUAGUGGGGAAUGAAUGGCUGUUGGCAUGCAACAAGUCAUACUUGCAAUAUGUUGUAAAAGCUAAAGUUACCUGUUAGUCUGUCUAAAGAAUGUAACCCAGAGAUCCACCCUGUACCUGCCUUAUGUCUGUCAUCCUGGAGGUUCUCUCCUGUUACGUUGCUGAAUAAACUGUGUGGACUGCUGAACCGA